UCUUUUGAUCCCCACUCAUAGCAGCUUAUCCACAAACAACAAUGGCUGCCAGUUUGUUAGGGGCUUCACUACUAGGCGUCUUGCGAGCAUACCCUGAGAUCCUCAUAUCCGUUGCUUGCUUCUUCUUCUUCUACUGCUACCGAAAAAAAAUGAACGAGGGGACUGGGAUCCCAGUGAAUUGGCCAUUCGUGGGGAUGCUCCCGGCCCUUCUUGUCCAUCUCCACCAGCUCCAUGACUGGGGCACCAUGAUCCUGAAGGAGACCGGGUGCAACUUCUUCUUCCAUGGCCCGUGGUACUCAGGCAUGGACAUGUUGAUUACCUGCGACCCGGCCAACGUGUACCAUGUCUUCAGUGCCAACUUCCAUAAUUACCCGAAGGGCGACGACUUCUCGGAGAUCUUCGACGUCCUCGGCGACGGGAUCUUCAAUUCCGACGCAGAGUCAUGGAGAAGGCAAAGGAUGAAAGCCCAUAGCCUGAUCAAUGAUCGAAGGUUUCGGGCCUUCGUGGCGCAGUCGAGCCGAAGCAAGGUGGAGAAGGGGCUCAUCCCUCUUCUGGAUCAACUUGCCGAACAAGAAGUUGCAGUGGACUUGCAAGAUGUCUUCCUAAGGCUUACCUUCGAUACCACCUGCUACUUGGUUUUUGGCGUUGACCCCGGCUGCCUCUCAAUCGGAUUUCCCACGAUUCCGUUUGCCAAAGCUAUGGAUGAUGCCACGGGGGCCUUGCUCGUCCGGCACACGGUGCCGCCGGCGUGGUGGAAGCUGCAAAGAUGGCUGAGGGUAGGGGUGGAGAAGAAGAUGGCACUGGCAUGGGAAGUGAUGGACCAAUUCAUAGCACAAAGAAUUGCUGAGAAAAAGGAGGAGAGGAACAGAUCGAGAAGCCAUGAAGAAGAGGCACCAAGAGAUCUGCUAUCAUCUUAUGUUGAUGUUUGUGAUGAUCUUCAUCUUGUGGAUGCGGAAAAUCCAAUGGAAUUCGAUAAGUUUCUUCGAGAUACAGCCAUGAAUUUUAUGAUUGCAGGGAGGGACACCACCGGUGCCGCCCUCACAUGGUUCUUUUGGCUUCUCUCGAAGAAUCCGCUUGUGGAGUCGAAGAUCCUGGAGGAAUUGAAGUCCUUAAGAAAGAAGAGUUCAUGCUUCGACAACAUGACCCUAUUCGAUGCCGAGGAGCUCAAAGGGUUGGUCUACUUGCAUGCAGCCCUGUGCGAAUCCUUGAGGCUAUACCCGCCGGUCCCGUUCGAGCACAAGGGUGUGCUGCAAUCCGAAGUCCUUCCAAGCGGCGACAAAGCGCAGCCGAGCACGAAGAUACUGUUCUCUUUGUAUUCCAUGGGAAGGAUGGAAGGUGUAUGGGGAAAAGAUUGCUUAGAAUUUAAGCCUGAGAGAUGGAUUUCAGAGAAGGGGAGGUUGAGGCAUGAGCCAUCUUAUAAGUUUACUUCAUUCAACUCCGGGCCGAGGACUUGUAUCGGGAAGGACAUGGCCUUCACUCAGAUGAAAGCGGUUGUGGCUGCCAUGGUGUAUAACUUCCAUGUUGAUGUGGUUGAAGGCCAUGUGGUUCAGCCCAAGAUUUCCAUCAUCCUUCACAUGAAGAAUGGCCUGAUGGUGAGGAUUAGGAAGAGAGCUAGUGCCUGUCUGUAGUGUUGAAAUCCAAGUUGUUUGCUGUGAAGCUAAACAUAUAAAUUAUUAGUAUAAUUUUAGGAGUCAUGUAAUAAUUUGUAUCAAUCGGUAUUAUUUUUUUUUUGUUAUUGUGCUUCUGUAUCAGUCAAUACUAUUUUUCUUUAUUAGUGUAAUCUUAUAUUAGCUUUUUUUUU